GUUGUAUUCAUAUAUAAACAAAAAAAAUAAAAAUAAAAAGAAUAAUUAAACUUUUAUAAACAAAAAAUUUGUAAUAAUCACUAUCAUCUUCAUAUCAAUAAUAAAAUAAUUAUCAUAAUAAUAAAAACACUUUAAAAAGAAGAAGAAGAAAUGGAUCCACUUGAUGAAUAUGAUAGUUUUAAAUAUAUUACAAAGGGUGCACCAAAGGUAGAAAAUAUACUAAACUAUGACAUUAAGGAAAUAUUAAAAUCGCCAUAUUUUUGGGGAACAUUAGCAGCUGGAGCUGGUUUGGCAUAUUGUUAUAUAUUUGGUCAAGAUGAUGAAGAUGUAAAUGGUAGUAAUAACAAUGGAAAUGGUGUAAAUAACUAUAUAAAUGAUAACUUUAAUCACUCUCAAGCCCAUCAUAAUCACCCGCAACAUGUAUACCCCUCAUCAGUUCCAGUGGGCUCACAUACUACCACAACAACUACAACAACUACAACAACAAGUAGCUUAUUACCACCACCACCGGCAACAAUAGCACCAUCCAAAUUGAAAAACAAAAAUGGUGAACCUCUUUCGAUCGAGGAGCAAAAUUUAUUAUUAUUAAAAGAGAAUACCUAUCUUAAAAACGAGAACAGGGAUCUUCGAAAUUGGGUUAGUAACCAACUUAACAAUAUUAGCGAUAGAAUGGGAAAAAAUGCAAAUCGAUUUGGAUAGAGAAAAAUAUUGUCAUAUUUGUGAAGAAAAUGAAAAACAAGUUUGUUGGAGAGAAUGUGGCCAUAGACUUUGUGGAAGAUGUGCAACUUUAAUCAAAAAAUCAUCCAGUCCUCAAUGUUCAAUUUGCAGAACCUCCGUAUCUGAAUUUUACAUGGCAUGGAAUACCUAGUUACUAGGUACGAUUGACCACCCAAGCGAAAAUAUACUUUUUAAAUUAAUAAAUAAAAUUUAAUUAAUUUAUAAUCGU